AUGGACGCCCGGCUCCUCACCGCUGGAUGCGUUGACGACCUCGUCCUGCUCGAGGAGGUGGGCGAGGCGGCUGUCGUCGCCAACCUUGAAGCUCUAUUCAAGAAGGGCCGCAUAUACACGGGGCUUGGCCCUGUGGUGAUCUCGGUCAACCCCUUCAAGCCCAUCGACGGCCUGUACAGCGUCGGCCUGCGAAACAAGUACCAGACGCGACACCGGCACGAGCUUCCGCCUCACGUCUUUGCCGUGGCCGACACCGCUCUCAAGGCGAGCCACGCCGGCGGCGCGUGCUCUCGGCAGUGCAUCCUGGUGAGCGGCGAGAGCGGCGCGGGCAAGACGGAGGCGGCCAAGCGCCUGCUCGAGUACAUUGCUGCGACAUCCUCUUCCAGCGGCGGCGGCGCCACUGCCUCGCGCAGUCCCAUCCACGAGAAGCUGCUCGGCUCGAACCCGCUCCUCGAGGCGUUUGGGAACGCAAAGACGGUGCGCAACGACAACUCGUCGCGCUUCGGCAAGUACAUGACGGUCGAGCUCUCGCCCUCCGGGGGCAUUGUCGGCGGCCGCGUGACAAACUACCUGCUCGAGAAGCCGCGCGUGCUGACCCCAGCCAGCGGCGACUCGCGCUCCUUCCGCGAGCGCUCCUUCCACGUCUUCUACUACCUUAUCGCGGGCGCGUCCGAUGCCGAGCGGAAAGCCCUCCGCCUCGCUCCAGCCGGUGGGUACGCAAUGCUGCAGCGGUCCGGAUGCGCCACCGUGCGUGGCCUUGACGAUGCGCGCGAGUACGGCGCGAUGCGCUCGGCGAUGGCGGCGGCGAUGGCGGCGGUCGGGCUCGCGGAGGAGACGCAGUCGGCGAUCCUGCGCCUCGUCUCGGCAGUGCUAUGGCUGGGCAACGUCGCUUUCGCCGCGUCUGGCAGCGGCGAGGUUGGCCCGCGCGACGCCGCGGCGCGCGAGGCGCUCGAGCACGCGGCCCCGCUGCUGGGCGUGGACGUGGCGACGCUGACGAAGAGUCUGACGCACCGCACCAUCAGCACCGGCCUCGGCGAGCGCAUCACCUCGCCGCUCGCCGCCGAGGAGUGCGCGGCGACGAGGGACGCGCUGGCACGCGCGCUCUACGCCCGCGGCUUCGACCACCUCGUGCUGCUGCUAAACCAGUGCAUCGCUCCCGGCGGGCCGUCCUCGGCCAGCAUUGGCAUCCUCGACAUCUACGGCUUUGAGAGCAACUCGUUCGAGCAGCUGUGCAUCAACUUUGCCAACGAGAAGCUGCAGCAGUGCUUCAUCUCGCUCACCCUGCGCGCGGAGCAGGAGGUGUACGCUCGCGAGGGGAUCGAGUGGUCGCCGGUCCAGUUCUUCGACAACCUGGUCGUCUGCAAGCUCAUCGAGGGGGCGAGGCCGCCUGGGGUGCUGGCUUUUGCGGACGAGGAGACCAUCAUGCCGAAAGGGACAGACGAGAGCCUGCUCUCAAAGCUAGAGGCGCGCCUCUCGGGGCAUGGCCACUUCCGCGUCGAAAAGGCGGCCGGGGGCGCGCUCCGCGGCGACUUCACAAUCGUGCACUACGCCGGCGAGGUGUCGUACUCGUGCCGCGGCCUGCUCGAGAAGAACCGCGACACGCUCUUCCGCGACCUCGGCGCGCGGCCGGCGACGGCCGGUGCGCAGUUCAAGGCGCAGAUGGCGGCGCUCGUCGACACCAUCUCGGCGUGCGAGCCGCACUACAUCCGCUGCAUCAAGCCAAACGACGACAAGGCGGCGGGCAAGUUUGUUACCGAGCGGGUGCGCUAUCUCGGACUCGUCGAGAAUGUGCGCGUGCGGCGGGCGGGCUUCGCGUACCGCGCCUCCUUCGAGCGCUUCGCCGGCCGCUACCGCGUCGUCUCCGCGUCCACCUUCCCGCGCAGCGCGAGCCGCACGAUGGUCUUCCUCCGCUCGCCGCGCGACUUGCUCGCCCUCGAGGAGGCGCGCGAGCAGCGGCUGCACGUGGUGGCGCAGAUGCUGCAAGGCGGCCUCCGCCGGUUCGUCGCGCGAAAGCGGCUCGCAAAGCUCAAGACCGAGAGCCAGAAGCUGUUCAAUGGGCAAAAGCGGCGGCGCGGCUCGUGGGUGCUGCAGUGGUCGGGCGACUACGUCGGCGCGGCGCAGAACGCGACGGUGGCCAAGCUGCUGAGCCGGCACGGCGACGGCGGCGUCCUCUUUGCGUCGACGGUUGUCAAGGUGAACCGCGCGGCGAAGUCGCAGGAGCGCAUCCUCCUGGUCACGGCGCGCGCGCUCUACACGCUCAAGCCUGGCUCGUGGGCGCAGACCAACCGGGUCCCCCUCGCCGCGCUGAGCGGGCUCUCGAUGUCUACGUUUGCAGACGGCUUUGUCGUGGUGAGCGUCAACGCCGCGGAGUGCGACCGCGACGCGGACCUCGUCCUCUCGUCGCCGCAAAAGGCGGAGCUUGUGACGGUGCUCAAGGACGCGGUGUCGCGCCUCGGCCGGCCCGAGCCUCUCGCAAUUUCCUUCGCCGACACGCUCGAGUUCCGCUCUGGCAAGGGAGGGCUCCUCGCGAGAGGGACCGAGUGUCGCACCAUCAACUUUUACGAGGACACGUCGCUCGGCUCCAAGGCGCGGGCGGCAGUGCUCAACGCGGACCGCGCCCGCCUGCGGGAGCUGCGGGAGUUGCAGGUACGCAUCCCGCCAGCGUUGGCCUCCAACGCGGCGCUCCAGCUCGCCGCCACCGCCUGACUAAUGCGGAAUGGGAGAUGCGCCAGCGUGUGUGCGUCGCGGGCGAGGCAGACGCGCCUCUGCAUCUGCGAUCUGGCGCGAGAGAAGACUGUAGAUAUGACUGUAGAGUACGAUGUGCAUG